AUGCAUAUUAUCAAGCCAGUCUGGCUCACACAUGGAGGUGAAAGGAAAGAUUUCGAGGUUUACAGCUGUGACGUCUCGCCGGAUGGGAAGAGAUUGGUGACUGCUGCAGGAGAUGGAUACGUGCGGAUCUGGUCUACUGAGGCCAUCUACAAUACCGGGAAUCCGGAAUUUGCGAAUAAACCGAAACAGCUUGCAUCGAUGAGUAACCAUUCUGGCACGAUUCAUACCGUUCGCUUUUCUCCAAAUGGACGAUAUCUUGCGUCGGGGGCGGAUGAUAAGAUUGUUUGUGUUUACACGCUGGAUGCCAAUCCGCCAACACAUGGCGCAACAUUUGGCUCAGACGAAGCACCGCCUGUGGAGAACUGGCGCACUAUUCGGCGAUUGAUCGGUCACGACAAUGAUGUCCAGGAUCUGGGCUGGUCAUACGAUUCUUCGAUCUUGGUUUCUGUUGGACUGGACUCCAAGGUGGUAGUGUGGUCUGGACAUACAUUCGAAAAACUGAAGACGAUCUCCGUGCACCAGAGUCAUGUCAAAGGGAUCACGUUUGACCCCGCGAACAAGUACUUUGCUACCGCCAGUGAUGAUCGAACUGUUCGGAUUUUCCGAUUUACUUCUCCUGCUCCUAACUCGACAUCUCAUGAUCAGAUGAACAACUUUGUUCUGGAGCAGACUAUCUCUACACCCUUCGCCAAUUCUCCUUUAACCGCGUAUUUCCGCCGUUGCUCAUGGUCUCCAGAUGGCAUGCAUAUUGCUGCUGCGAACGCAGUCAAUGGCCCAGUCAGUUCGGUGGCUAUCGUAAAUCGUGGUUCAUGGGAUGGCGAUAUCAAUCUCAUUGGACACGAAGCACCAGUCGAGGUGUGCUCGUUCUCUCCGCGGUUAUACUCACGGGAGCCGAUCCAGAAGUCGCCGGCUGAUGGCCAUGCGCAACAUCAUAUCACCGUUAUUGCCUGCGCGGGUGCAGACAAAUCCUUGAGUGUCUGGAUUACUAGCAACGCUCGUCCCAUUGUGGUGGCCCAAGAAAUGGCAGCCAAGUCUAUUUCAGAUCUGGCCUGGAGUCCCGACGGCAAGUGUCUUUUUGCUACAGCCCUUGAUGGUGCAAUUGUGGCAGUCCGAUUUGAGGAGGGCGAACUAGGAUGGGCGGUAGAAAUGGAAGAGAAUGAAAAGUCUUUGACCAAGUUUGGAACGAACCGCAAGGGUGCCGGUAUCACAGAGACCACAGAUGCGUUACUACUCGAGGAGAAGAGCAAAGCUGGUGAAAUUAAGGGCGUUGAGGGUCGUAUGGGUGCACUCAUGGGUGACAGCGCGGAACCUGCGGCCAACGAAGGGUCUGCGUCGCAGUCAGUGAACGGUACAACCCCCGCGCGAGCUUCGUCGCCAAAUCCCGAAUCAACAAAGACGCAAACAAAUGGGACUGCAUCGACUCCUGCAGCCAACGAAGCCGAGAAACCCGACCCAUAUAUGGCCAAGCUGGAAAGACUCAAGCAACGCCCGACAUAUACUAAAGAAGGAAAGAAACGUAUCGCACCUUUGCUUGUUUCUGGAGCCGGGGCUGGUGAGUCUUCUUUACCACAGGCCCGCCUGAUGGCUUCAGUGAGCAGCCAGGCCAAAUCAGAUGCACCAGCAUCCAUAGUCGAUCUUUCAAAACCAUUCGAUGGGCUGCCUAAGGGUGGCUUGACUGCAUUGCUUCUUGGUAACAAGCGCAAGCUCGCCCAACUCGAGGGUGAUGAGGAGGGACAAGCUGAAAAGCGUGUCGCUGCGGCAAGUAUAAAUGGUGCGACGCCCAUUAUGGCCAACACACCCGAUGGACUUCUCCCCGCUCAAACACAGCCGGCGGUAGCGGGCCAGCAGCCUACUCCAGAAUUCAUUCGACCCGCUGUCACAAAUCCUUGCAUGUCCGUUAGCCAGCUGCGGCUUGCGGUUCCCAAGAUCCGGAGUCACAUUCUUCGUGCACUAGAUUUGACAGGGAAACCCACUGAGCCGCCAGCUCCUGGCGGAGGGGAUUCGAACACGAAAUCCAAUGUUGAUGUCGUCUUUGAGGCUCGGAAUCCCUCGCCAGCCAGUUUGACUGGUCGUGCUGUGGAUCGGGAACCGGUGCGUCUCACAUUGUUCCGUGGCGAGCAACCAUUAUGGCAGGAUUUCCUUCCCAAGUCUGUACUGCUAGUCACCGGAAAUCAAAGCAUGUGGGCGGCUGCUUGUGAAGAUGGCUCAGUCUAUAUCUGGACUCCUGCUGGCCGUCGUUUAGUGAGUGCUUUGGUUUUGGAGGCGCAACCCGUCAUUCUGGAGUGCAAUGGGCCAUGGAUUCUAUGCAUCUCAUCCGUCGGUAUGUGCUAUGUUUGGAAUGUCAAGCACCUUUCUUCUCCACACCCACCCGUCUCUUUACAACCGGUUCUCGAUGCCGCUAUCUAUGUAAUGGGUGCUAAUCCUACGGUUGCCCCCGCCGUCACCAACGCACGGAUCAACUCAGAAGGCCGAAUCGUCGUGUCCCUGAGCAACGGCGAGGGAUAUUCCUAUUCGCCGAAUAUGUACACAUGGCAGCGCGUCUCAGAAGCCUGGUGGGCCGUCGGAAGUCAGUACUGGAAUUCAACGGAGGCACCCGUGGGCAACUUGCAGGAUGCACAACAGGAUUCGAAGGAGGCCAAGGCCGCAGUGUCAGCGGGUAUCAUCCCCUUCCUGGAGCGCAACACUACCAACGAGACUCUCCUCCGUGGCAGGGCAUACUUCCUGCAGCGACUCAUCAAGGUUCUUCUUUCCCGUGAAGGCUAUGAGACCUUUGAGUCUAGUGUCUCAAUCGCUCAUCUCGAGAACCGAAUGGCUGCAGCCAUGUCCCUGGGUGCGAAGGAGGAGUUCCGUCUAUACUUGAAUAUGUAUGCCAAGCGCAUCGGUGCCGAAGGCUUGAAAUUGAAGGUUGAGGAACUACUCAAAGGAUUGAUUGGUGGUUUAUUCGACGAUGAAGAGGGCUCUGAUGCCGUGACCAAAUUGCAAGCCAAUGAGCGUGAGGGUCGCAAUUGGCGUGAGGGAUCUGAUGAUCUUUGCGGUUGGCCACGGGAGACUCUGCUGAAGGAGGUGAUUCUUGCUCUUGGUAAAUAUCGCGAGCUUCAGCGGGUGACUGUUCCAUAUGCCAAGUUAUUGGAUAUGGUUGACUCUGCGGACACCGAUGCGAUGGAUCUAUGA